GGAGAAAAAAACCCCAAUGUAUUUUCUUGCAAACAGAAGGCCAGGAAGCAGAGACUCAUGAGACUCCUACUGGGCUCAACAUCACUGAGGAAAUUGUAGGUAGUUUAACGACAAGCACCACAUCAAGGAGGAAUGCAGAAGAUGUUACAGCUUUCAUCAGUCUCUCUUCGGGGCAAGUUGAGGAACCCCGUGACCGGCUGGAAGGGGCUGUGAUCACCAUUGCAGAGACAGUGGAGCAGCAGUCAGGAGUAGGUGUAAACACCAUAGAGAAUAUUGAGAUUGAUGUCUUAGCUGCUAGUGAUGAGAAUGCAGAUGUACAGAAAGCCAUAUUAUCAGAGAAAGGGAAGGAUGAACCAAUCCAUGGUGUGAAAUCUGACUCGGAAGAAUCCAGACCUGUAGCCAAGAAGACAUCUUUAAGGAACCAACCUUCAAGCAGUGCUAAGAAUGUAGUUGUUAAAUCUCUAACUGAAAGGGCCAAAAAUUACAAGAAGAAAGAAGAAAAGGCAAAAGAGCUAACAUUUUUAGGAGAGGGAAAUGUGCCAGUAAAUGCCACUGAGGCUGAAGACAACGAAUAUAUGCAAGAAUGUGACAGACAGAAGAAAGAGGAUUAUAUGCUGAGUUUGACAGCAUGGACUAAAAGAUUGCCUGCUUUAGGAAAUGGUGUUUUGGAGCCUUUUAAAAAAGUAGAAGCCACUUUACACAAGGACCUAAGUGCAGAAUUAGGUAUUGAGACAGACAAAGGCAUUUUCUUCAGUCUCCACCAGCAAGGAGUAGCAAAGGGUGUGAGGGUGGUAGAGACCGGGCCUGAACAAAUUGUCGUGUCUGGAUCUCUGGUAGAGCUCUUGGCAUCUAGAGAUAUGAUUUUAUCAGAAAUAGAGAAGAUCAAAGGCACUUGUUCUUUAUCUACUUCAGUACCUUCAAAUGCAAGUAAAACGUGUGAGGUUGGUGUUAUGUGUGAAUUGAUACCCUCACCCCCUUCAGCUCGUUAUGCCUCGUCUGUGGGUUUAGAUAGAUCUGCACGUCGUUAUCAUUCCGUCCUUUCCCGCCCGAUAUCUCCAGAGCCCCGCCCACAGCGUAAACGAUCCCGUAGACAGUUAUCUUUAGAAUCAAAAUUGAAAAGCACAGAGAAACAGGAGGAUGUCUCCCAGAGAAGGCCAGAUAGAAGCCAAAGCCAGCGGUCAGAAAGUCAAACACUAAGAACUUUGAAAAUUAAACUUGAAAAAGAUCAUGAGGAAAAACAAACAGAGGAAGACUACCUUGUGCCUAAAGAAAGCAAUCACAAUGUUGAAAUUCUUCUCGGAGACUUAAAGAUGGAACCAGAGUGUGAUGAAACAAUAAUUGUGAGUAGUAUAAGUAAUUCUGAUCUUGGAGAGGAAUCUCAUGAAGUUGAAAGCAUCAGCAAAUCAAAUUCCCUUAUAAUGCAUAAAGAUUGUGAUGGUUAUGUGCUGCCUUUAGUUAAUAAGGAUAUCAGUGUGAAAAAUGUUGAGGGAAGAGGACAAGAGUUGAUGAGACGUUUAGAAGUGGAGUCAAGCAACAAGGAAAACAUUAAAAUGGACAAUUCUCAGUUCCUGUACAAGCCAAAGGAACAAGUGGAAAAUGAAGAGGAUUUAGAUAUGGAAGUAGAAGACCACAAAAUCAUUUGUGAACCAGAAAUCAAUAUGUCUGAAGACCAGGAUGAUGACCUAACCAAAGGCCAUUCAGCAGAGGAGGUUAAGUUCAAGUUCUCGUGCCAAAUCUGUUCAUAUAAGAGCAUGAGAGAGAACCACUUUGUUAAACACAUGAAGCUUCAUGACAAGGGUAUUGCAUUGUAUAGAUGUAAUGAAUGCUCUUUUGUGUCCAUUCGGGCAAGUCAUCUGCGUCGGCACAAGAUGUCUCAUGCACAGCAAGUCCUCAAUUGCCACCUUUGCAGCUACACUUGUGAUGAACAAAAAUUGUUAGCCAAGCAUGUCCGAGUAAAGCACCAGACUCCCAAGCCAAAACAAGCUACUCAUUCCGAAGAGAGGUCUUUCCUAUGUGAAGUGUGUGGGGCCUCCUUUAAGACACGAUCUGUCCAGCGCAAUCACGUCCAGACCAUACAUCGUCGACCUCGGUCGUUCACCUGCCCGUCUUGUGAGAAGAAAUUCAAUACCAAGUAUGCCUUACGUCGUCACAUGAAACAGCAUGACACAAGUCUGGAGGAUGCAGAAGUUUUGACCGGUGGGAACAAUGAGUUGAGACUUUGUGACCUUCAGCCAAGAGGCUCUUACGCCAGCACUAGGGAGAGGACCCCCGCGGCGCCCUCCCCUACCAAUCCCCCACAUACAGGGUCCCCCUCCAGGACCCUGCUCCCCCCGCCAGCCGCCCCUCCGUCUGCGUCCGCCUACCAGAUCACCAUCGACGGGCAGCCGGCCUUUAUCCUGCCCCACCUGGACGGACAACACGCAGCCGUGUCCGAGGGAGGCCCCGCGCUCAUGGAAGAGAACAACGGCGUGAUCGUGGGCGGAGACAGCCCCGGUGGCUCGGGCCUUCGACGGCUGGCGGGCCAGGGCGCGGCCAGCACGGCCAUCUCUGUCCCUGUCGUGCCAACCACGGUCCACAUUGUCAAUCAGGACCCCCUGUCCUCGGCGUCCGGAGACCUGAUCCUCUCGUCGGAGCAGUACCAAGCAAACCAGGCAGCCUCGGUCGUCGCCUCGGAGCCCCCUUCGUAUGUGGCGCCGGAACACCCAGGCUCGACCCUUCUUUACUUGACAGGGAAUUUCAGUUAGAUCUAAACCAGUGGGAAUGCUGGUGUUCACAUGUGUACAUUUUGUUCAAUACCAUUAAACUGGUUUGAGUUCGGAUCUUGAUCUCAAUAUAUUUUCUUCACUAUUUUCUGCUGAAACUGGUGCCAAUUUAAAUGCAACUGUGUCUGUAUCAGCAUCCUUACAUUUCGAGGAAGUUGACACUCCUCGUCUUUACCAACCUGCCAGUCAAAUUAAGAUACAUUAAAGAAAAUUAAUACAGGAAA